AUGUCGAAACCGGGUACAUUGGAUCUGGCUUCUGGGCUGGGUGGAAAGAUUGCUAAAGAUGACGUCAAGACUGCUGUUGACAAGUAUGAGAAAUAUCAUGGCUACUAUGGAGGUGACGAAGAAGAAAGAAAAGCUAAUUACACUGACAUGGUAAACAAAUAUUAUGAUCUUGUCACUAGCUUCUACGAGUAUGGCUGGGGAGAAUCAUUCCACUUUGCACCAAGGAUGAAAGGAGAGUCUCUAAGGGAAAGCAUCAAGCGGCAUGAGCACUUCCUGGCGCUUCAGCUUGGCCUGAAACCUGGGAACAAGGUUUUGGAUGUAGGCUGUGGAAUUGGUGGGCCAUUAAGAGAAAUUGCACAAUUCAGCUUAACUUCAGUCACAGGUCUGAACAACAAUGAAUACCAAAUAUCUAGAGGAAAGGUAUUGAACCGUGCUGCCGGAGUAGAGCGCACUUGUGAUUUUGUAAAGGCUGAUUUCAUGAAAAUGACGUUCCCUGACAAUCAUUUUGACGCAGUAUAUGCAAUAGAAGCUACCUGCCAUGCACCAGAUCCGGUAGGAUGCUACAAAGAGAUAUAUAGAGUGCUAAAACCUGGUCAGUGUUUUGCCGCGUAUGAAUGGUGUAUGACGGACUCUUAUGAUCCUAACAACCAAGAGCAUAACAAGAUCAAGGCUGAAAUUGAGCUCGGGAAUGGUCUUCCUGACAUUAGAGUGACAGGACAGUGCCUUGAGGCCCUCCAAAAAGCAGGAUUUGAAGUUAUCUGGGCAAAAGAUCUUGCAGCAGAUUCACCGGUUCCGUGGUACUGGCCUUUGGAUAAGAGUCGCUUAUCAUUCAGCAGUUUCAGGCUAACAGCACCAGGACGCUUUAUCACUAAAAACCUGGUUAAGGUCCUCGAGUACGUUGGGAUUGCUCCAGCUGGAAGUCAAAGAGUCUCAGAUUUCUUGGAAAAAGCAGCUGAGGGGCUCGUCGCUGGUGCAAAGAAAGACAUCUUCACACCAAUGUACUUCUUUUUGGCAAGGAAACCUGUUUCAGAAGGCCAGAACGCGUGA